CUCUUUGUCUGUUUUUUAUUUUUAAAACAGUGACAUGUGUCAAAUUGACAUAUAAGCAGUAAUCAAGGACAACAAUGAUAUUUUUUCAAUUUCAUUUGAAUAUGUUAAGCGAUGGUUGUGUAUGGUGCAGUUCCUUAUUAUGAUAGUAAUUUUUUGUGUAUUCUAAUAGUAAAUUAGGAAUGACAAAAAUAUUAGAAGAAGACUAACGGACUUGUUUUAGUCUCAGUGUUAUAAAGUUUAUGUACCAAUAGAAUAUGAUACAAAGUUUUGAGUUUAUAGUUUUAAUUAUUCUCUAUGUGUAAUAACAGUGAGUUUUCGAAGUUAAAUUAAACGGAAUUAUAAUGGCAAAUGACGAGGAACAUCUCGAAGGAAAUACUCCAAGUAUUAGUAUACGGGGCCCACCAGGGCGACCUUAUAAAAUGACUAUUGAACUUCCUUUAUUUCUGUGCAUAUUAGGUUUAUCUUUAUCAGGUUCUGCAUUAAAUAAUAUUAUAUUUUUCCGUACAUGUUCUCAUUUAUUAAACCAUACAGAAGAAGAGUGCAAAGGUUUUUUGUCACCAAUAAGAUCUAAUUCAACAAAAUUAUUGGAGAAUGAUGUGCAGGGAUAUGCCACAUUUGUUUUAACAGUUAAAACAGUUAUGGAGUCAAUUGGACCAGCGAUAAUGUCAUUGUUUCUUGGUGUAUGGUCUGAUACUUAUGGAAGGAAGCCUUUGAUUGUGUGGCCUAUGUUAGGUUUAGCCCUGUCUUCUAUGCUGAUCGUCGUGUAUGGCUUAAUAGAUUUGAAUCCUUGGUGGUAUAUCUUAACAGUAAUACCCUUCUCGUUUACGGGUGGUUUCGUAGUAAUGUUUACAGGUGCAUAUUGUUAUGUGAGCGAUAUCGCAACUACUGAAAGUACUACACUUAGAAUGGUUUUCAUUGAUGCAACAAUUUCGUUAGGGAAUGUCUUAGGAUCACUGGUUAGCUCAUACUUAAUUCUAUUGAUUGGCAAUGUUAAUUUGUUACUAGUGACGGCUAGUUUGCAUGUUUUGGCAUAUGCAUUCACCAAUGUGUAUGUAAGAGAGUCGCUGGUUGGAGCUUUAGAGGGAGGGUUUUGUAAGAUAUUGGACUGGCUGCACGUUAGAGAAAUGGUACAUGAAUGCUUUAAAGAACGACCGAAUCACGGAAGAGUGCAAAUUCUGUUACUAAUAUUCGUGAGAUGUAUAUCAGUGUUCCUUUUGUUUGGAACUUUGGGUUUGGAAUAUCUGUACUCUAGGACAAAGUUGAACUGGGCUCUGGACGAUUACAACACAUUCUCAGCUGUGAGCACUGCUAUACUAUUUGUGGGGAGUUUCUUCGGUAUAAUGGUUGUUCAGAAGUUGUUGCGGAUAAGUGACUUAACGUUUGCUAUCAUGUCGAUGUGUAUGUCUGGCACUGAGUUUUUUUUAAAAGCAUUCGCUGUGACGUCAUGGCAGAUGUAUCUAAGCGUAUCAGUAUCGUUCUUCAAAGACUUGUCGGGCUCGUUAAUAAGGUCCUUUGUAACGAAGUCGUUUCCAGUGGAAGACAUUGCGAAGAUAUUUGCUCUGAUGUGCGCGUUAGAAGGCUUGUGUCCUAUAGUUGCGCCAAUAGUUUACAAUACGAUAUACGGCCUCACUCUGACAACUUUCCCUGGAACUUUUUAUCUAAUGAGCUCUGGCCUGAUUGCUGUAAAUGUGGUGUUAUUAGGGUUCGUAAAGUACUAUUCCUGGAACGCGCCGACUGUUCCUUACCGAUCCUUGGCUGAUGAAGAAAUUUAAACUUACAAUAUCUAGAUAAUUUAAUGAUCACGACCUCAUGGUUUACUUAAAAACACUUUAGUAAUAAGAUGUUAUUAUUAUUGUUUAGUAAUAAGUAAUAUGAUAUAUAUUUUGCAAGUACUAAUCAUCCAAAUAUAUAUAUAACGUAUGACAUAAAACGGGUUAUUGGACCACAAGACUGUGAUAUUAAUUGUAAACAAUACUUUGAAGAUCAAACAAUUUCUUUUUUACAGUACUUCUUUUUCCAAUGUAUUUUUGUAGUGGCUUUAUUUAUGUUUGGAUAUAUAAGGUUAUUAUUUUUAGUAAAAACAAAUAAGCAAA